GCAUCCACUCCAAAACUCACAUUAUUAGAGGGGCUGUAAUAAAAGCUAAAAAAUUUCCACCCAAGAAGCCAAGAUCCUUCAGAAAAGCUAAAAAGCAAGAAAAGGAAGAAGCUGUGGGCUUCCUUCCUUUCCUGCUUUAUUUGCUUUCCUUGCAGCCUCUGCCAAGCAUCUUUAUUCUCCCCCCCUUACCUUUGAGGCCUCUCUUUUUCUUCUUUCUUGUUGGACUUAUUCUUAUUAGGAUUCUUGCUUCAAGCUCCUGGUUUUCUGUCUCUCUUGCUGCUACUGAAUCUGAUUCUCUUAUCAGAGAUCUUUAUUGGGUUCAUUCUCUUCGGCUUUAUUAGCUUGAUCAUUAAAUUGUAUUCUCCUUUCCAUAGUUUUAAGGUCUUUUGGUUCCAAGUUCUUCUUUUGACUGUAAAAUUGGAGUCCUUUGGGAGUUCUAGUGAGUGGGUAUUUUCUGGUUUUAGGUUUCUUUCACAGAAUUGAUGUUUUUUUGGGCAGUGAAUUUUCUCUGUUAUUUUUUAGUUUUUCCUGAUUUUGGUUCAUUCCCGUGUUUGCUUAUAUCUAGUGUAAAAAUUCAGUCUGCGAUUUCUUUUCUUGGCGCUUAAAUUUCUGAAUUAAGGUUUAAAUUUAGAACUUUAACUUAGGGUUGGUUAAAUUUGAGCUUUACCGUUUGUGGGUUUUUUUCCUUCUGAUCUCUUGGUUUUCCUCUGUACCCUCUUCUGCUGACUUAAAUAUUCACCUAAAUUUUUAUUCUUCCUUUCUGGGUUUUUGAUUUCUGAGCUUCGUGACCUUUUCUUUUGUUCCUCUGUUGAUUUUUGGCUUCCAUGGGACUCUGUCAUGGAAGACCCCUCCCUCCGAACGAUUUAGAUAAUCCAAUAAUUCCUGAAGAUGCUGUCCCUGGUGCCAAUUCUGAACCCACUAAAACUUCAAACUUCCCCUUCUACAGCCCAAGUCCAUUGCCUAGUGGAUUCAAGAACUCGCCUGCGAACUCCAGUGUGAGUUCAACUCCUUUGCGGAUCUUCAAGCGACCAUUCCCUCCUCCUUCUCCUGCAAAGCACAUCAAAGCAUUGCUUGCUCGCAGGCAUGGCUCGGUGAAGCCGAAUGAAGCCACAAUCCCUGAAGGAAGUGAGUGUGAAGUUGGAUUGGAUAAGAAUUUCGGGUUCUUGAAGCAGGUUUCCACAAAAUAUGAGCUUGGAGAGGAGGUUGGUCGUGGGCAUUUCGGCUAUACUUGUACUGCAAAGGGGAAGAAGGGGGAAUUGAAGGGGCAAGAAGUAGCUGUCAAGGUUAUUUCCAAAGCAAAGAUGACCACAGCUAUUGCUAUAGAGGAUGUAAGAAGAGAAGUGAAAAUUUUGCGUGCUCUAACAGGACAUAAGAACUUGGUGCAGUUCUACGAUGCUUAUGAAGAUGAGGAUAAUGUGUAUAUAGUGAUGGAGUUAUGCAAGGGAGGAGAACUUUUAGAUAGGAUACUGUCAAGGGGUGGAAAAUACUCAGAGGAAGAUGCCAAAGUUAUCAUGAUUCAGAUUCUAAGUGUUGUUUCCUUCUGUCAUCUCCAAGGCGUGGUUCACCGUGACCUCAAGCCAGAGAAUUUUCUUUUUAGUACGAAAGAUGAGGAGUCUCCUCUGAAGGCCAUUGAUUUUGGAUUGUCAGACUUUGUAAAGCCAGAUGAACGGUUGAAUGAUAUUGUAGGAAGUGCAUACUAUGUAGCUCCAGAAGUUUUGCAUAGAUCAUAUGGCACUGAGGGAGACAUGUGGAGUAUUGGUGUGAUUGCUUAUAUUCUUUUAUGUGGGAGCCGCCCCUUUUGGGCCAGAACAGAAUCUGGCAUCUUCCGAGCUGUUCUGAAAGCAGAUCCCAGCUUUGAAGAGGCCCCCUGGCCUUCCUUGUCAUCUGAAGCAAAAGAUUUUGUGAAGAGAUUGCUGAACAAGGAUUAUCGUAAGAGACUUACUGCUGCUCAGGCUCUGAGUCAUCCAUGGCUGUCGAAUCAUCAAGAUAUAAAGAUCCCUUUGGAUAUUUUAGUUUAUAAGCUUGUGAAAGCUUAUAUAUGCUCAUCAUCUCUCCGGAAAGCAGCUUUGAGGGCUCUUUCAAAGACAUUGACAGUGGAUCAGCUAACUUAUCUCCGUGAACAAUUCACAAUGUUGGGGCCAAAUAAAUGCGGAUUCAUCUCUAUGCAGAACUUUAAGACAGCCCUGAUGAAGAACUCCACUGAUGCCAUGAAGGAUUCUCGGGUUAUUGAUUAUAUUUACAUGGUCAGUUCUCUUCAGUAUAGAAAAUUAGACUUUGAAGAAUUUUGCGCUGCUGCCAUAAGUGUGUAUCAGCUGGAAGGACUUGAGAGCUGGGAACAACAUGCAUGUUCUGCAUAUGAGCAUUUUGAGAAGGAUGGGAACAGACCGAUAAUGAUUGAGGAACUUGCCUCGGAACUUGGCCUUAGCCCAUCAGUACCUGUUCAUGUGGUUCUCCAAGACUGGAUAAGACAUUCAGAUGGGAAGCUUAGUUUCUUGGGCUUUGUCAGACUCCUGCACGGGCUGUCUUCACGAGCAUUGCAGAAAUCUUGAAAUAGAACUCCAGCUAGUACCGGGUUUUACUAUGUUAUCCUUAUCAUUCUCCUUUGAUGAGAAGUCUAAUCGGACGCAUGCUUGUGCUAGUUGAUGAAAAGCAUGUGGGUCUAACCUCUAGGCUUGCUGGAGAGAACUACUGAGUCAAGAAUGGAGCUGAUGCCUGUCUGAGCCGGGGUUUAAGCCAUGUCUGGCAUAUUCUCAUGUGCGGUAUGUAUUUUUUGUUUUUUAUAUUUUUCCCAUGUUUUGUGCAUGUAGCUCUAAGGAAUGUACAGAUGAGAUUAGGAUCAAAAUGUUUUAGGAUUUAUGAGAGUUUCAAAAUGAAGCGCGUUUGUGUUUCAUGGGUUUUAUUCCACCUGUACCCAUUACAUUGUUUGUCAAUAAGUUCCUUCAACAAAUUAUU